GCAUGAGAUGAAGUUGACAUAAAAGUGCAUAUCAUCUGUUUGCAUUUGGCAACUUGCUAUAGUCUACAAACUACAGUUGAAAACACAAAGUCGUACAAUAUAAUACAAAACAGGCUCACACUGUUACAAAGACGUGUGACUGUAAAGAUUCCCUGCAUUUCGCAGCAUAGCAUGGACAAGUUUACAAAGUUCGUCGAAGUAGUCCCGGCUAUUUCCACCGCUCUGCAGUCAUUAUCGAAGAUCAUGGGCGGUCUGUUUAGUUCCGACGCACCGGCGAUCGACGUGGGAGAACUUAUGCGCUCCCAUGAAGCAUCGAUGGAGCGCCGAGCCCAAGAAUAUAAAGAGCAGCGCGAACGCGAUCAGGCGGCUUUCAUGGAAAAGAUGGAAGAGAUGCGAAAUUCCAGCGCUGCAGAACGCGAUCGCAUGCUUCACGAAUUCCAGCGCGAACAAGAGCGACUGGAAAGCGAGCGGAAGGCGGAGCAAGAACGUUAUGAAGCACGCAUCAACGAACUGGCCAAGAGUAUGAAGGAUGCCGAGGAUAAGGUGAAGAAGAUUACUGAGCAGCUGGAACGGCCGAUCAAGGACCGCGAAAGCAAAUUGGCGUUUGUCAACAGACUAAAUCUAAAGAUCCAGCAGACGGAUAAUCUGUUGCUGCUGGGUCCGAAGGGAAUGGGCAAGAGCACCUUUCUCUGGCUGCUGAACAAAGGUGACAAGCCCAAGCGGACGACGACAGACGGGACUGUGGAAAUCAUCCAGGGCAACGGGUUCGUCGAUUCCAUCGGGCUGCGAGGAUGGACAGUGGAGGAGCUGAUGAAACUGCUGGUGCUCAUGAUCUACGAAGGCAUUCCCAAGGAUCUCAUCAUUUUUGGCAACGAUCGAAUUGAUCUGCCAGUGACCUCUUUGGGUGUCUUGGGGGUGAACUAUCCGAUGAUUGUUAUCAUGUCCAGUGAUUUCUGGAAGAACUACGAACCACUCGCACGCGGGAGGCAAAAGAUUCACUUGGUGGACAAUGGCGGAGUGCGCCGCGUGGAGCCGGAUGAGGAUUUGGAUUACGUGUACAAUCUGGCGGUGUACGAUGAGAUCAAGGAAUUCCAUCUUGGCACGCCAAUUACGCACCACGACAACCUGGACGAACUGGUCCGUAAACGAUCAGAUGCCGGCAUCCGACCUUUCCAGCAGCUGAUGCGAGAUCUGGGCAAACAGUUUACCGUUGGUAUGGAGAACAAGUCAGCUAAUAUGGAGGCUUUGUUUCGAUUCAUCUAUAUCUACGAAAAGAAAUAUCACAAGGACAAGUUGGCCUUUAUGAACACUGCCACGCUGCAAGAUUUUGCUUAGUGAAUACUUAUAAAUAAGCAUUUCUGUUGCAUGGUUAUCUAAAUAUCUGAGACUUUACAAGCUACUGUUGCAUUUUCAGUUUGUUUUUUUAAGUGCGUGUUUCGUGGUCUUCGCGAAUCAUUUUUAUUUGCUCGAUUAUUUCCAUGCGAGUACCACUAAAUUUAAGGAAGU